AUGUUUCAGUAUGCGAACUUAAUGUACUAUGGAGCCAAGACCGAAAAGGAUGCCAGGAAAAAGCGUAUCUACGACGAUGAAUACCUCGAGGGCGAGGAUUCAGAUGACGAAAAGUCGUCUUCGUCACGCGAACGUCGCCGUCGCUGGGAUGACGAUGGUAGUCACCGCCGAGAUCGAGAUCGAGACCGAGAUCACCAUAGUAAGAGCAGUCGCAAAAGCAAAGAGGAAGUAAAGAAAGCAGUCCCAGAAGAGGAAGAAGAAGACGAACUCGAUGCCUUUAUGGCAGAGAUUAACGCACAGGCUUCGAAGGACAAAGCAAUAGCUGUGCAAAAGGAAAAGGAUCGAGCCAGUGGUAAAGAUACGGACGCCGACAAAAAGGGCAUUGGCAGAGCUGACAUCGACGAGGAAGAUAUGCAAGAGUCAUACUUCAACUAUCUCGAAGAGCAUAAAGAGAAGAUUGCUAAUGAAGAGGAAGAAUACGAGUAUGAUGAAGAUGGGAAUGUCAUUUGGACUUGGAAGAAGGUUAUCGAUCCGUUGCCCGCUAUCGACCACUCAGCAAUCAACUAUCCUUCAUUCAAUAAGAAUUUCUACGAAGAGCAUGAGGAGAUCAAAAAACUCAACCAUGUGGAGGUAACGCGGCUACGUGAAAAGUUGGGUUUACGAGUUGGUGGUUUCCAUCCACCGAAGCCUGUAUGCUCAUUUGCACACUUUGGCUUUGAUAAACCGCUCAUGGAUUCGAUCAGAAAGAGCGAGUACGAGAAGCCAACUCCUAUUCAAGCUAUGGCAAUACCAGCUGCACUGAGUGGACGUGAUGUACUCGGCAUUGCGAAGACUGGAAGUGGUAAAACUGCAGCUUAUUUAUGGCCUGCAAUCGUACAUAUUAUGGAUCAGCCAGAUCUCGAUGUUGGUGAUGGUCCAAUCGCUUUGAUAGUUGUACCUACUCGAGAAUUAGCUAUACAGGUGUACCAGGAAGCGAAGCGUUUCUGUAAAGUCUACAACAUCAACGUGAUAUGUGCUUAUGGAGGAGGAAGUAAAUGGGAACAAUCCAACGAACUUAAGAACGAAGGAGCUGAAUUGGUUGUGUGCACGCCGGGACGAAUAAUAGACCUGGUAAAAGUUGAGGCAACGAAUUUCUCGCGCACAACGUUUUUGGUGUUCGAUGAGGCUGACCGAAUGUUUGAUAUGGGCUUCGAAGCCCAAGUGAAGUCCAUUUCCGACCAUAUCCGUCCUGAUCGCCAGUGUCUCAUGUUCAGUGCAACCUUCAAGCAUAAGGUAGAGCGGUUGGCAAGAGACGCUUUGUGUGACCCUGUACGAAUUGUUCAAGGAGAAGUUGGCGAGGCUAACGCUGAUGUUGUACAAACAGUGGAGGUUUUGCCACGACAGGACACGAAGUGGGUAUGGCUUACGCAGAGGCUUGUAAAUUUUGGAACAAUGGGCAAAGUACUCAUCUUUGUGACGAAGAAAAUCAAUGCUGAAGAUCUCGCGAAGAAGCUCAGGGCCCGUGACUUUGAAUUGGUGCUUCUACAUGGUGAUAUGCUGCAGCACGAACGCAAUGAACACCUUCAAGCAUUCCGGAAGAAAGUGAAUAUCAUGGUGGCCACAGAUGUUGCAGCCCGCGGUCUUGAUAUCCCAGAGAUUCGCACGGUUGUGAAUUAUGAUCUAGCACGGGAUAUCGACACUCAUGUACAUAGAGUGGGACGAACGGGUCGAGCAGGACAGAAAGGAUAUGCGUACACUCUUAUUACUGAUAAAGACAUGGAGAUGGCUGGUCAUUUGGUUAGGAAUUUAGAAAGUGUCAACCAAGAAGUUCCUGAGGCUCUUUUCUCUCUUGCGAUGAAAUCAGCUUGGUUUCGAUCACAGCGUGGUGGAGGAAAUGCUGCUAAGCCUCACGCGCGACUCGGUCUUGGCUAUAAACCAAAAACUCGACCAGCUCGUGGUAGUGGAGGCGCUCAACUUGAUCCUCUCAAAGAACAAAAACCGCGUGGGGCCACUAAUCUCACAGUGCGCGACGCAAUAAGGGCUGCAACAAGCAAUCAAGGGCCUGCAGCUGCAGCACCAAAUGAUAGGCUUCAAGCUAUGAAAAACGCUUUUAAGGUUUGUUAUUUUAGAUUAUUGGUCAUCAUAUUCAGCACGAGAGAUAAACGAAAAGGGAACUUGUGA